GUGAAGAAUUGGCCCCGUUAUAAGGUGUUAAACGUGAGAUAUCUCAGUGUUGCAGGCUGAUUAGAAACCACAAAACUGUCUGAAACUCCGCCCUUGUUUGGCCGAUUUGUUUCAGGUCCCAAAGCGGUUUUAGGUCCGGGUGGAGAGGGUCACAGCAGGCACUCCGACACGUGAGAACACACGUAAGACUCGUCCUGAAAGAAUCCUAUUUAUUAUUUCUCUGUUACUCUUAAUUUAUUGAACUUUCACAGAGAUCAGGCGCAAACUCGACUACGGAACUAACUUUAAACCGGGGAGGAAAUGCCGCUCAAACUGGAAGUUUUAAAGCCUUCCUCACUUGCGUAAAUAAGUAUUUAUGGAGAUUUGAAACAGCCAAUGUUUUUUGUUUAAACUUCUGCUUUUAAUUAAAGAAACAAACAAACAUUAAGUUGUGAGCCUGUCUCUCGUUUACAGAUCGGAAAGCUCUCUGGAAGUUAAAAGUUUUUACCCAUGAAACGGGCCGAAUUUCAGCCACUUUCUACUAAAGUUGUUGUGGUUCAAGCCCACAGUAGUUGAGAGCAAAGUUUAUACUCCAUGAGUAUAUUUAACAGAAUACUUUUAAUAUGAGUGAGAAACAAGCGUUGCCUUUAGGUGACAGCACACAGGACGCGGGUCGAUCCGAGGAGAACCAUGCCAAGCUGGAGGCGGGUGACGCGGCGCAGCGCACCGGCGAUCCGAGUCAUCUCGUCGGGCACGAAGCGCUGCAACCUACCCGUCUGUACAAACGGCGCUGGAUGAUCGUCCUCCUGUUCAGCUCAUACUCACUGUGCAACUCCUUCCAAUGGAUACAGUACGGCAUCAUCAACAACAUUUUCAUGAAGUUUUACAACGUGGACGCCUUCACCAUAGACUGGAUGUCUAUGAUCUACAUGCUGACAUACAUCCCCUUCAUCUUCCCGGUGACCUGGCUGCUGGACAAAAAGGGGCUCCGGGUCAUCGCGCUGGUGGCCACUGCGCUCAACUGUGCGGGCACAUGGAUCAAAGUGGCCAGCGUCAAACCCAACCUGUUCCCCGUCACCUUCCUGGGGCAGUUCUGCUGCUCCUUAGCGCAGGUGUUCAUCCUCGGGAUGCCGUCGAGAAUCGCGUCGGUGUGGUUCGGUUCGGGGGAAGUGUCCACCGCCUGCUCCAUCGGAGUCUUCGGGAAUCAGCUGGGUAUCGCCAUCGGGUUCCUUGUGCCGCCCAUCCUGGUGCCUAACGUGGACGACAUGGACGAGCUGGCUCACCACAUCAGCAUUAUGUUCUACAUCACAGCAGGAGUGGCUACCUCACUCUUCAUCCUAGUUGUCUUUGUAUUCCAGGAGCGUCCUAAGCUUCCUCCGACUCAGGCCCAGGCCACAGCUCGUAGCAUCCCACCAGAGCACUACUCCUACACAGCCUCUAUCAUGAGGCUGCUCCGAAACAGGCCCUUCAUCCUCCUCGUCAUCACUUACGGUUUGAACGUGGGUUGUUUCUAUGCUGUUGGCACCCUGCUGAACCGCAUGAUCAUCAAGCAUUACCCUGGUGAAGAGGUGAAUGCUGGGAGAAUUGGCCUCACCAUUGUCAUUGCGGGGAUGGUCGGCUCCCUCAUCUGUGGCAUUUGGUUGGACAAAACCAAAACCUACAAGCAGACGACCCUCGCCGUCUACUUAAUGUCUCUGGUGGGGAUGAUCGUCUUUGCUGCUACACUCAAUCUGAGACACCUCUGGGUGGUCUUCAUCACCGCUGGAGCUCUUGGGUUCUUCAUGACGGGCUACCUGCCGCUGGGCUUUGAGUUUGCAGUCGAGCUGACGUACCCAGAGUCAGAGGGAACUUCAUCUGGACUCCUCAACUGUUCAGCACAGGUGUUUGGCAUUAUAUUCACCAUCUGCCAGGGGAAGAUCAUCGACGGCUUUGGCACGCUGGCAGGAAACAUCUUCCUCUGUGUUUUUCUUCUAAUCGGCGCCAUAUUGACAGGCUUCAUAAAGUCUGAUCUGCGGAGACAAAAGGCAAACCAGAUGGCCAAAGCAGCAGUGGAGGGGCAGAUGCCGGAACAAGACUACGGAGCCACGGCGCUAAUCUCUGAGCAGCAGACUCUUCCUUCAAAGCCUGAUCUAUAAACCUUUUCUGAUUCCACAAAAAAAAUAUCUCCUCAAAUCUUAGCUCAACACGCAAAUGCACAAAGGGACCUUCAGACUGUCACAAUGGGAGCCUGGCUGCAGGAUCUAUCAUCAAAGAAGCCAAGUUUUAAACACACAAACACUAUCAUAGCCUUGAAAAUGGCCAUGAUCUCUUUCCUGUUGCAGUGUGACGACAUAAUCAGGAACCACCUCCCUUCUAAGAAGAAUAAGAUGUACAAUGUUGUAUUAACUCUUUAAACAUUUAUUUAAAAAAAGUUACAAUUAUGAAUUUAAUCUGAUAAUGCAAAAUUUUGAGCAUAAAAAAAUCCGCUGUUCAGAAUCAUUUCAAAUAUUUUAAUGAAAAUUGGAUGGUCCUUCUAAAUCUGAAAGACUACUCUGUGACAAGUUUGUUUGUGCUUCAACAAUUUUACCUGUCAGUAUUUUAUGUUUACAGUUGAUCAUGUACAGUAUGUAUAAAAUGUUGUUUUUGAGUGAUUUUGGAAGAUCUAAAUAAUUUAUACAGCAGCAUGUUAAAUGGUUUCUAAUCUAUGGUGGUCCACAGUAAGGGAUGAAAUAUUCAUUUUUACACAGUUGUGUUUUAUUAUCUGUAACACCAUUCAAGUUAACGUGUUAAUAAAGCGGUUUUAUAAAGUG